AUGGCCGAUUCCCCCGCACCUUCGAUUCAUGUUCAGAACCUGACGUACCAAUUCCAAGAUGGAUCAUCUGGUUUGACGGACGUGAAUCUCCAGGUACCCUCCGGGAGCCGGACUCUACUCAUUGGAGCCAAUGGCGCAGGCAAAACCACGCUGCUCCGCUUGCUGGCAGGUAAGCGUCUCGCUCCGAAGGAUACGAUUUCGAUUGGAGGCAAGGAUCCCUUCACGGACGGCCUCGAAGGGGUGACAUACCUUGGGAUGGAAUGGGUUCUCAACGCCAUCGUCCGCUCCGACAUCGAUAUUCCCACCCUACUGGCCUCGGUCGGCGGGGACGCCUACCCCGAGCGAAGAGACGAGCUGGUGGAAAUCCUUGACAUCGAUCUCAAUUGGCGCAUGCAUACCGUCUCCGAUGGCGAGCGGCGUCGCGUGCAGCUGGCUAUGGGCUUGCUCCGGCCCUGGCAGGUGCUGCUUCUCGAUGAGAUCACCGUCGAUCUGGACCUCCUUUCGCGGAGCAAUUUCCUCGCUUUUCUCAAGCGUGAGACGGAGACCCGGCCGUGCACGAUCGUGUAUGCUACGCAUAUUCUAGACAAUCUGUCCCAGUGGCCGACUCAUCUUGUGCAUAUGCACUUGGGAAAUGUACGGCAGUGGGGUCCAAUGGAAAAAUUCAACAACGAGGUUCCGGAAACGUCGCAGAAUAGUCAACUCGGUGAGCUCGUCCUCAAGUGGCUGAGGGAGGACCUGAAAGCCAGAGGACCUCGGAAUGGGCGACAGGGCCAAGGCAAGACCUACGAAUCUCUCGAGGGAAAAGGUGGAUAUGGGUUUGAAAAACGCAAUUGA